AUGACACGGCGCUGUCGCUUCCCCGGCAUUCGCCUUGUCUCUGCGCCCCUUCUUCGCGGAAGGAUGGAUUACUCACGGUUUUUAUCCACUAACGCCAAAACGAGAAAGCCGUCAUGGAUAACCCAGCUCAGAAGUUACCUGGCCAACCCUUCGUCGGACAUCCUCUGGCUGGCGGGCGGACACCCGGACGCGUCCCUGUUCCCCUUCAAGGAGACGACGAUCACCCUCAAGAACGGGCAGGAGAUCCACCUCAACCAGGACCUUAUGGCGACCAGUCUGCAAUAUGGCCCAAUUGAAGGGCACACACCUCUGCUGAAGUACCUUGCGGACCUGACGCAGAAGCUGCACUCGCCCCCGCGCUGGUCCGAGACGCGACAGCUGGUGACGGUGGGCGGCCAGGACGGCAUGGCCAAGGCCUUCGUCAUGCUGACCGACCCCGGCGACUACGUGGUCGUCCCUGAACCCUGCUACGCUGGCAUCUUCUCGGAGUUAACAUCUCUAAACCCACAUUACCUCCCAGUUGAGGAGGAUGAGGAGGGCAUGAGGUCCGACUUGCUGAGGUCAGCUUUGGCUCGCUGGAAGAGCGAAAUCGGAGAGACGCAUUCAGAAAAGCGACUGAAGUUUAUGUACACGAACCCGAGCGGCAGUAACCCGUCGGGAACGAAUAUGAGCGAGAAACGACGUCGAGAGAUCUAUGCCCUUGCCUGCGAGUACGACUUCCUCAUCCUCGAGGACGACGCCUACUAUUUCCUUCAGUUCCAAGAUGACUUCCCUCCGAGCUUCCUGAGCCUGGACACGGAGGGUCGUGUGCUGAGGUUCGACUCCUUCUCCAAGACGGUGAGCGCCGGACUGCGAGUGGGCUAUGUCACGGGGCCCGAAUUUCUCGUGGAGAAGAUUAGUCAGCAUAUAAUGGCCACAGUGAUGGGCGGCUCCAGUUUGUCUCAGGUGUUAGUGACCGAACUCUUUCACAUGUGGGGCCUGGAGGGGUUCCUUCGUCACGUGAAGGAAGUGCGAGAUAUGUACCGCAGGAGGAGAGACGCUGCAUUAUCGGCGGCAGAAAAGCAUCUCACUGGUUUAUGUGAGUGGCGUAAGCCCGGAGGUGGGAUGUUCCUGUGGCUCAAGGUUCCCAAAGUGAAAGACACUCAGGCCAUGCUGCUAGAGCGCGGCACCAAAAAGAGCAUCCUUUUGGUCCCUGGCAACGGCUUCACCACCAGACCCGAACUUCCCUGCCAGUACAUGAGGGCUUCUUACUCGACUGUCUUACCCGAGGAGAUGGAUAAGGCUUUCCAAAUACUUGCGGAGGUGAUAAGAGAUGAGAUACAACUAAAUAACGAAGUGAAAUGAGAGAAAUUAUAGCAAAAUAAAGAUGAAAUAAAACCUCAUAGAUA